GGUUCAAGCUCAUUUCAAUUCUCACCCUGACGCGGUGACGUUCGAAAAGCGUGGGAUCAAGCGACAAUGAAUUUAGUGAUGUAGUGGCCUUUUAGCCGGGACUCAGAUUUCACUGUUCGAUUUGUGGAGUAAAUACAUGACCGAAAAGACGGACAGGACAGUUGAGAAAAGGAUUCGUGACGUUCAGGAGAGAAGGUCCGUCUGUUGGUCAGUCGUUCGAAUGUGAUUGUUUCGUUGGGUGCUAAUGUGAAUUGAUAGUGAAUAGUUGUUGAUUUAUAGUAAAAGGAUUAAGAACGUGGCGUUUUAACUAGAAGGAAAGUUGGUGAAUUGAGUACUUUCGAGCUGUGAGCGGAUUUAUAAAUACGCAUAAGGAUUUCAGCUGAAAUGGUCUACUUUAGCCCUCGUGGCAUGCAACCCUGCAGUCCGCCUGGAAUAGUAGCAAUGAUGCCAUCCGCCAAAAGCCCUACGAUGGAAUCGGCUGCCGGGAACGGGAAUAUGAACACGGAUAAUCCAACCGUCGGAAAUACGAGCAUUAGUUCCGAACCGUUGGAAUCCAUCCAUCAUCCAAUUAGUCAACGAUCGUGUCCUUUGAAGUUCUCCAUAGCGAAAAUUAUGGAACAAGAUGAAAAGCGGGAUAACGAGAAGCAUGCAACGAGUUCAAGUCCAGUACCGCAGAAUCUAAGUCCGCCACCCCCUGAAGAUAGAGCGACGGGAUCGGAUGUAGAUAGCGAUGGCGGAAAUUAUGACUCAGCGUUUAAAAAGUAUGUUCCCACGCCUUCAAGUAUGCAACAAUUUGUUUCUAGUCGACAUCAGGAAUUGCUAUCCCAGUACCCCCUCCUUUAUUAUCCGGGCCAAUUGAUGUGCGCUGCAGCAGCAGCUCAAUAUGCCGCCUUGACGCAACAUACAAGUGCAACUUCUCUUCUGUCCGGCAACAGUGUAACCAGCUCCUUGCAACUUACUAGUCUCAACAUAUCCUUAAGUCAACAUAUGCCAGCGCAACACAUGCGAAGGAAUUUAUCAGCAGUGCCGCAGGAAAAGACUGCGCCUAGUCAUCCUGCAUCUGGUGGACGAAAAGCAACCCCCUCCGAUAGUCCAAAGGAUCCAGCCUGUCCUCUGUCCCCAACUGCGGCAGGAUCCGCUGCGGCGGCAUCUGCAAAACAAAAAACCUUCUCUUGCUUGGAGUGCGGAAAAGUUUUUAAUGCUCACUACAAUUUAACUCGUCAUAUGCCCGUUCACACCGGAGCCCGACCCUUUGUUUGCAAGAUCUGCGGAAAGGGGUUUCGACAAGCUUCUACACUUUGUCGGCACAAAAUCAUCCACACAUCUGAGAAGCCGCACAAAUGUCACACAUGUGGGAAGGCCUUCAACAGAUCCUCUACCCUCAACACUCACGCAAGAAUACACGCAGGCUAUAAACCUUUCAUUUGUGAAUACUGCGGGAAAGGAUUCCACCAAAAAGGCAAUUACAAGAAUCAUAAGCUAACACAUAGCGGCGAAAAGGCUUACAAAUGCACAAUAUGCAAUAAGGCGUUUCAUCAAAUAUACAAUCUGACCUUCCAUAUGCAUACACAUAACGACAAAAAACCCUUCACUUGUAAGAUUUGCGCCAAAGGAUUCUGCCGGAAUUUCGAUUUGAAGAAGCACAUGCGAAAACUUCACGAAAUUGGAUCUUCAACCGCUCAUAAGCUCCACUCGUCAAACUUGGAUCAAGGCUCUGCAAGUAUUCCUGGCAGCGGGCCAAACACCCAUGGACCAUGGCAUACUGCCCCGGUACCAAGUCUUCAUACCGGCAGCCUUGGAGCUUUACGGUCUGACUAUCCAACAGCCUUCAUGCAUCUAAGCGGAGCCAGCGCUCAAAGAAUGGAUAGCAACCCGUUUAUAGCGAAAGUCUUCUGACAAAGAUACUACAUGGAUUCGCUGGCGCAGCAACCUAAAAGGAUGCUCAUGGACUGACUUUAGCGUACAACUUGUAGGUAGUAAUCGGCGUGAAGUCUGCAAUAGAAUGGUGAACAGUGCAGUUGCAUUUAGCAUUCCAAACGCAGCAAGACGGUUUGCUAGAAAAGAUUUAAAAGGUCAAUAUGGGAUGUACUUUUCAAGGGGCGGAAAUCUCGGUCACCGACAUCUGACAGUUCUCAUAAUAAUGCUGUGAACUUAAAAAAAAAUCGGUGGCACUUGGACGACUUGAAAAGAACCUUCCGUAUUUGUGAUGAUGCACAAGAAUUUGGCAUAGCCCAACGACUUUAUUAAAUUUGCAUUUACGAUUUGCGAAUAGCCUUUAGUGGAAGAAUUCAAUGAAAAUUAAAAUGGCAGCUAGUCGUAGCUAUUCACCCCAUUCACUCAAUCUGUAAUCUCAUUUCCUGUGUUAGUUUGUUAAGUAGAAAACUCGAUGUAAAUAUUUAUGAUGAAUGAAAUUGUAGGAAUUUCUAAGUGUUCGUUGUUCUUGUAUAUUAUAGAAACCAAAUGAAAAUUAUAAAUGUGUAAAAUGUAAAAAAAGAAAUAAUUACAUUAAAAAUGAAAAUUAAAAAUUCUAGUUGAAAUAAAUAUUAUGA